AUGAAAAGAUCAUGUUUUCCAAAGUAUAGAUUAGGAAGAAUUUUAGGCAUAGUUCAGAUUGUACUUGGAGUUUUGGUUAUAGUAGUAAGUCUUUCGAGUUUGUUUAGGUUCUACUCAGCUGGUUUUUUCAUGCAUAAUGAGGAUAUAUGCAAGCAUUUUUAUGGAGUUAAAGAUGAUUAUGAAGGUUUUGAUGUUGUGUCACUUUCGUAUCGAGUCAAUGAAGUGCUAGAUAAAAUGCUUAGUUUACAAGAACAGCUUGAAUCGAGGGUGCAAAAGUUGGAGAAGUCGAAAGAUUUGAGUACAAGUAAUGUUUCGACGUUGGAGUUUAAGAAGUUUAUUGAAGAAGAGGUGAUUCAACCUCUUUAUAGUGCUCAUAUCUCUCUAAGGCAAAUUCGGUUGCCUAGAGUUGAAAAUGGGACAAUGAACGAAGAUCCGUUUAUUAAUACUUUUGUUACGGAGGAAAUAAGGAAGUAUAUAACCCCGAAAGAGAAUAGGAUUGGGAAAAAGAAUAUAUAUGGGAGCGAGAAGAUUUAUAAUACGAUUGGGCAUGGGUGUGUAUCGAUGAAGAAAGAGCUUCAAGAAUAUAUGGAUUAUGACAUUGGUUCGUUUUGUAAAGAUGAUUGGAAUGUGGCUCAGAAUCUUAUGAUUAAGGGGUGUGAUCCUUUGCCAAGAAGAAGGUGUCUCACUAGAGCUUCAAAGCUUUACCAAAAGCCUUACCCGAUUAAUGAAUCUUUAUGGAGGAUACCGGAUGGAAGAAACGUGAGGUGGAGUAACUAUUUGUGUAGAAACUUUGAGUGCUUGAUGAGCAAGAAUCCGAAAAGGGGUUACUCUAAAUGCAUAAGUUGUUUUGAAAUGGAGAAAGAAAAGCUUAAAUGGGUAACAAACACAUCUUUAUCAACCGAUUUCUUGAUUAAAGACGCUUUAGGUGUUAAGCCAGGGGAGAUACGCAUAGGGCUUGAUUUUGGUAUAGGUACAGGCACAUUUGCAGCCAGAAUGAGAGAGCAUAAUGUGACUAUAGUCACGACCGCUCUAAAUCUUGGAGCUCCGUUCAAUGAAAUGAUCGCCCUCAGAGGUUUGCUUCCGUUAUAUGUAACAUUGAAUCAACGGUUGCCAUUUUUUGAUAACACCAUGGAUUUGAUUCACACAACGGGGUUCAUGGACGGGUGGAUUGAUUUACAACUAAUGGAUUUUAUUUUGUUUGACUGGGAUAGGAUCUUGAGGCCGGGCGGGUUGUUGUGGAUUGAUAAAUUCUUUUGCAAUAGGAAGGAUUUGGAUGAUUAUAUGUAUAUGUUUCUACAAUUUAGGUACAAGAAGCACAAAUGGGCUAUAUCUCCAAAGUCUAAAGAUGAAGUUUUUCUUUCUGCUUUGCUUGAGAAACCUCCUAGAUCCUUAUGA